CUCCCUUUUAAGCGCGCCUCUGCGCCGAACCCUAGACAUCCUCCUCCCUUGCGCCGUCGCCCCUCCAUCUCUCUCAAUUUUCUUCUUCUCUGUGAGCCAACAAAACCAACGAACAACACUGGUACCCUCCUCCUCAUCAUGGCGUCGCCGCUGUAGACCUUCCCUUGAUGAGAUGAGACCACCGGAAGAUGCGCCUCGCCGUCCUCUUCAUCCCUGUGCAAGGAAUCGGCCCGGGGCGCCUUGUACUGACAACACGGGCGCGGAUUCUCCUCUUCGGCUGCCACGUUCCGGCGACGUUUCCGGCCGACACCGACCUCCCCCAUCCCAGGCGACCACUUCUACACGUUCAGGGACCUCGUCGCCGGCGGUACUCCAGGUUUCCGGCACCAACACUACCACGUCCUGGUUCCCCGCGACAAGGCGCACCCCCGACGCCAACUCUCCCGCCUUGGUUCGCCCUGAGUCGCCAGAUCCACCCUCGUCAGAUCCUGUCCGCCAUGGACGCUCAGUCCCCGAGCUCCGCCACCUCUGGCUCAAGUUGGCAAGGGCCUUUGAUUUGACACGAACUAAUCUGCAGCCUAUUGCAUUUGCUUCUUCGUGGAUAGGAUCGCGAAGUGGUGUGGUGAGAUACGACGAGUUCUCCGGAUGUCUCUCAGCAAGCUUUAACGAGCAAGCAUUUCCCCUAUACUUACGCCCCUGCGAAGACCUAGUCGCCGGCGGUACUACAACGUCCUGGUUCCCCGCGACAAGGCGCACCCCCGACGCCAACUCUCCCGCUUUGGUUCGCCCUGAGUUGCCAGAUCCACCCUCGCUAGAUCCUGUCCGCCAUGGACGCUCAGUCCCCGAGCUCCGCCACCUCUGGCUCAAGUUGGCAAGGGCCUUUGAUUUGACAUGA